AAACCUCCGAUUAGUCAGUUACUUAUUGUAUACCACUUAUUAGGUAUUCCUAUCAGAUAGACCUGGUAGGUCGUAUACAGAAAGACUCAUAUUCUAAAAGAUAAAUUUGUUCAUUAAACGCAUUAUUUUGAACGGUUUACUUUCUUGUUCGGUUUUCAUGUAGCAUUGUCUGAACAAGCUUUCGAUAAAAGAUUGCAGUUUGAUUGUGGUUGUUGCAAAAGUUGCUUAGUUUCUACACGUAAGUAAAUCUGUCGGUAUAUUAACGAAAAAAUAAAGGUAUUAUCCGGUAAAAUUAAUAAUCAGUGGGAUUAUUUGUGCAUAAACUGAUGUAAAGGCAAACCCAAAUAGCUUUAAUAUUAAGAAGCUUUCGUAUUCAGUCUAUAGCAAAAAUAGAUUUAUUACGAGUUUGAGAAAGAUUAUGUCAGACAGUGAAAACGCCACAGUCUCAAAUUUUCGUGAAACAGAGAAAAACGGAGUCAUCAUACCAGAAAAGAAGAAACAAGAAAAUGACAUGCCUAGCAAGAAACAAACUUCUAUUCCACUCUACAUAAGAACCUUGCGAUGUACAGUUUAUAUUCUGAUCAAGGCCAUUAAUGUGGCCUACGUACCUGUAUUUAUAUACCGGGUAUUUCAAAAACCGAAAAAAUGCUCACCUGUAACCAACCCUCUAUUGAAAAUAUCUGCAACUGAAUUAGUUAAAAAAAUUCGAAAGAAAGAGAUUUCUUGUGAGGAAGUUGUCCAAGCUUACAUUACAAGAAUAAAAGAAGUCAACCCCCUUUUAAAUGCUGUCAUUGAAGACAGAUUUGCUGAUGCUCUAGAAGAUGCUAGAAAAGUCGAUUUAUUAGUGUGUUCCAAUGAAUUCUUAUCAAAUGGAGAAAAAAUUAUUCAGGAGUAUCCCUUGUUAGGCGUGCCUCUAACCGUGAAGGGAAGCCUUGCGGUAAAAGGAAUGAAAUUUACAAGUGGCACUGUAACUAGAAAAGAAUGUAAAGCUGAGUUUGAUGCUGAUGCAGUUGCCCUAGCUAGAAAAGCCGGUGCUAUUCCUUUAGUGGUGACAAAUGUUCCAGAACUUUGUAUGAGCUGGGAAACUACUAAUAAAUUACAUGGUACUACACAAAAUCCGCAUGAUAGUACUAGGACUUGUGGUGGUUCUUCCGGAGGCGAGGGUAGCCUACUGGGUGCAGGCGCUUCCCUAAUAGGAAUCGGAUCCGACAUAGCAGGUUCCUUACGACUACCAGCGCAUUUCUGUGGGGUAUGGGGACAUAAGCCAACUCCUGGAGCGGUGUCGUUUGAUGGACAUUAUCCGAGUUGCCUACAAAGGGACAAAUGGGAAGCGGUAUUUACUGUUGGUCCAAUGGCAAGAUAUGCUUCUGAUCUAAAAACUUUGCUCAAUGUGAUCACUAUACCUGAGAAUAAACAGAAACUGGAUUUGGAGAAAAAGCUUGAUAUAAAGAAAAUUAAAGUAUUUUACUCGGAACACCAAGACUUUUAUUGGCAAAAACCGAACAGAAGUUGUUCUGGGGCCGUGAGAAAAGUUGUAGAUCACUUUCGAAACAUCUGCGAUACUGAUCCUAAAGAGGUUGAUCUGCGGCUAAAAGAAAAUUUUCCAGACUUAGGAGCCUUAGAUAUAUUAGGUAUUAACGACAUAGAUGAUAUUUUUGAUGGAAAUAGCAAUGGAGCCUGGGCAGAGUUUUUUAGGUACAUCACAUUCUCAUCGAAAUAUACUUUUAUGCCUAUUGCAUGUGGAUUACUCAGAAAGAUAGCUAGUAGUAUAUCAGAAGAAAAUAAAAGUAAAAUUAAGGAACUUUUAGAAGAAUAUAAAAAUUCUUACCAGGAAAUGUUAAAAGAUCACGGGGUUAUUAUAGUUCCUAGUUUUCCAUUAGAGGCUCCAAAACAUGGUGAUGUAUUAAGAACUGCUUUGUUUAAUGGAUAUCUAUCUUUAUUUAAUUGGUUAGGAUUCCCAGUGACUAAUUGCCCUGUUGGCAUAACAAAAGAUGGUUUACCGGUGGGAGUUCAGGUGGUAUCAUUACCCUAUGGUGACAAAUAUACAUUAGCGAUAGCAGAAGAAAUAGAGAGAGCUUUUGGAGGCUGGGUUGAACCAUCUUAGGAAAUUUAAUAAUUCUUUAUGAUUUAUCACAUCACUUUAUUAUUAAUAUUUUAAAUUGGUUUAAAAAUAGGAGAUAUGAGAUAGAUUCUACAUUUUAAAGACUUAGGCUAGAAAUAACUUAUUGUGUAUGUAUUUUUUUAAAUUAAAAUAAAUCAAUUAAAAUUAAA